GGACAAACGACCGAUCCGGUAUCCCGCGCAAAUUCCGCGUCAUCGGGGCCUGGAUCUGUGGCACGUGGGUGCAUCCGCGGUCGUCCCGCUGUGUCGGUGCCUCGCAUGUUCCAGUCCACCAGACGGGCGCGAGGCCUCGACUCUACCUUGCACCACCACCUCGCGCCUGGAAGUGACAGGACUCACUCCUCUAUCCUUGCUGCACGCUUAAAACCCCUACGCCUCGACACUGCUCUCCUCAACAUGGCCGUCGCCACUCGCGAGAUCUCCCAGCCCUCCCUCACAACCGUGCUCCGGCACCAGCCCGAGUAUGCCCCCCGCCCCAUCGUCCCGCACACGAGCUUCAACACAGGCGCCACCGCCGUCCGCAACCGCACACGCCCCAUCCCCAAUUCGUACUGGGCCACGCCCUACCUCGUCGCGUGCGAGUUCCCCUACUGCCCCCUGACCCCGACGCAGAUCGCGCACAAGCACACCAGGCAGAAGCUCGACGCACUCCUCCUCGCCGGGGUGCGCACAUUCAUCGACCUGACCGAGCCGCACGAGCUCUUCUCGUACGCCCCGCACCUCGCAGCCCGCUGCGCCCUGCUCGGGAUCGACGCGGGCGACGUCGAGUACCACAAUUUCCCGAUCCGCGACCGCAGCUUGCCCGAGAGCGUCGAGUUUGUGCGCGGCAUCAUGUCUGUGCUGCGCGACAGCGAGCAGCGCGCGCGCAUCUGUGCGGUGCACUGUCGCGGCGGGAUUGGGCGCACCGGGCUCGUGGUCGGGUGCUGGCUCGUCGAGUGUGGCAUCGCGAAGGACGGGGCGGACGCGCUGCGCAUGAUCGCCGAAGAAUGGAAGACGGUGGAGAAGUGCAAGCGCUUCCCCUGCAGCCCCGAGACGGGCCCUCAGUUCGAGUUUGUGCGGAACUUCCAGCGCGCGAAGCUGCCCUCGGCGGGGCCCUUGAAGUCCGGCGCCCAGGUGUCACUGGCGCACUGACAGAUGAUUAUGAUCACGAUCGGAGACGUGUGUAAUGAGCAUGACCCGCACGUCCAGAAUGCCCAAACGCAACCCGCAACACGGACCACUCUUUGUCUUUGUCUUUCCUAUCUCUUCCUGUCUUUGGACUGUCACUCUGACUAACUUAUUCUCGCGGUCUGGUCCCGCACCCCACUAGUCUUACGUAUACCUCAGGCCGCACAGUACCCCGCUCGAACAGUAUCGUACUAGUGUCCCAUAGACCUCUCGCCAGACAGGCGCAGUGUAUCCAUUGGAGCUUCCUUUUCUUCUUGCUCUCGCAUUCUCAUGUCUAUCCCUCGCAUAAUCUGCCUCAUAUGGCUUGGCCCCCGCAAUGGCAAUGCAGUCUUCUUGG